UUAUGUGUUUUUGUUAUAUUUAACAUAAACAUAAUUAAUGCAAAUGUUAUUCAUUAUAUUGAUACCGACGGAAACCUAAAAAAUGUCAACAAAAGUAUUGAUGAAAUAAACGAUUGGAUGACAUGGGCUGUCUAUGACAAUAGUAUCAAUACUACCGGUUGGGCUCAGUUAGACAUUCACUCAAAUCAAUCGCUGGACGACUCACGACAGGCCUAUUAUUUUGGACUCAUUGAAGGCCUACUAACAGCAGAUUUAAUUCAACUCCAUUGGGAUAACAAUAUCCGACACUAUUGUGAUAAAGAAAAACAAUUUUGUCAAAAUUUAUUUGCAUUUAUCGCCAAAAACAUUGAGUUUAUGAAAUCACAGAUCAAACUGUACGCCAAUAGCGAUGAAUACUGGCAUCAAAUAGAGCUAACACUGACACAGCUUACGGGUCUCGAAGAUGGCUAUCGAUCGACAAUGUAUGGCAUCAGACCUCCCGGUUCGCCGCAUCUCAAUGUCAAUGUCACGGGUCUUAUACUUAUGAACUUAAUUACCGAAUGCGGUGAACUCGAACAGGUUCUACAGCGAAAGGUCAAGUCUGUGGAUCUCAACGAUGGCCACUGUUCGGCAAUCGUCAGAGUACUCGAUGACGGCAGUGAUCUAUUGGUGUCACAUAAUUCGUGGACAACCUAUGCUUGGAUGUUAAGAUUAGUCAAACGAUAUAAUAUGAAUUAUAGUAACAUUUCGGGUACAUCACAGGCCUUUAGUUCAUAUCCCGGUGUCAUCUUCUCUAUCGAUGAUUAUUAUCUCAUCAACAGUGGUCUGACAGUACUGGAGACGUCUAUCGGAAAUUAUAAUAACAGUUUGUGGUCCAAUGUUGUGGCCGACAAAGUGGUAUUUGAAUUUAUCCGAAACACUGUAGCCAAUCGUUUGGCCCGAUCGGGUCGUGAGUGGUCACAAAUUUUCGGAAAAUACAAUUCGGGUACCUAUAACAACCAGUUUAUGAUUGUUGACUAUAAUAAGUACAAAAAGGGUACACUACCGGCACAAUUACCCGAUGAUGUGCUCUGGGUUUUGGAACAAUUGCCCGGUUAUGUCGAGUCUGGAGAUGUGACUCAUGUGCUUCGGCAACAAAACUAUUGGCCCUCAUAUAAUGUUCCGUAUUUUAAGGGAGUCUAUGAUUUGAGUGACUACACAUCACAGGUGACGAAAUACGGCGACUUUUUUACGUACAAUAAGACGGCCAGAGCUCUGAUAUUCCGACGCAACGCCAAACAAGUAACAGACAUGUCCUCACUUUACCGACUCAUGCGCUAUAAUGACUUCAAACACGACCCACUGUCCCGAUGCAAUUGCACGCCUCCCUAUACGGGUGAAUACGCUAUAGCGGCCCGAUGUGAUCUCAAUGAUCCCAAUGGUCACUAUCCUUUUAGUUCGCUAGGUUUCCGACCUCACGGUGCUAUUGAUGUCAAAAUGACAAACAAAGACUUGUUUAGCAAACUUGAGAUGAUUGCCAACAGUGGCCCUACAUAUGAACAGCAGCCACCGUUUCAGUGGUCAAACACCCGAAUUGUUGGUGUCCUACAUAGCGGACAACCCGAUACUUUCCAGUUCCCACCGGUUCACGUUAAGUGGGCGCCCAGUAGUCUUAGAAAUGUUAGUUUUCCAACAACAACAACAAUAACCAAUACUAUUGUCUGA